AGAGUAGCCUUCCUUACCAUAACAAAAACCUUCCUUUAAUUUAUAUAUGACAUAAAAUAACUAUUUAUCCAUCAUGUAAAAAUACAUAUUGACACAUGCAAUAUAUGUUAUAUAGAUUUACAGCAUAAAUUGACACUUUUUGACAUGCACUUACAAUAACUGGCUAUUCCUUAUAUUAACAUUGUGUGGGGUAUUAAUCAUGUAGGUUCUCCUUUUCAGAUAAAGUACACAGUAUACAUCCCAAGAUUAAGAAUGUAGUGUAUAGGUGCAUACAGAUGUGGUCAUAUGGUUUGACAAGCUUUAUUUCUGUGAGAUUUUUUUUUGUCCUGUGUUACCUUGUAAAGUUUCAAAUAAAACCCCUUUCUUUCCUCAUAUUGCCUUGCGUGACUCUUCUUUCAUCUGACUCAAGAAAAGCUCUGAAUGAUAUCAGUUCAUCCAAAAUUACGUAAUCAUGGUUGGAUUAGGUUUGAGGUUGUUUACUCCUGAACAUGUCUGUGCAUGAUGUCUCAUUUUAAUGCCUGUCAGUAAAAGAGCCACCUAACAAGUAAGUAUACAGCAAAAUAGCCUGUUACCUUUUAAUAACCUAUAACAGAUCGAUAUGUUGUAUUACUAAUAAUGUUAUAGUAACAUUGCAUGGCUAUCAUUGGAUACAAAUGUAAAAUAACAUCAUAGCCUGUAUGACUCCUUUAUAGUACUGUUACUAUUACACCACCAUUCGUUGAGGCAGCAGACUCCGCAGCAGAUUACUGCGAUGCUCAGAUGAAUCUGCUGACUCUCCCUGCCCCUGUUAGGAAAAAGAAAUAAAUAAAUAAAACUUGCGUGUCUGCUGAGUCAUGCAUUAUACCUCACAACAAUGAUAGAAAUAGUCUGGGCUGUCCACUUUGUACCCAGAGGCUUAAACGUGGCAGUUCUGCAACGAUUCACGUAUGUCAGCCACUGUCUUUAUUCGCAUCUUGAGCUCUCAGCGGUGUAACUGCGGGAGAGGAGCCAGCUGUCUGCGGCUGCGGGAAACUGUCCUACAUAUCGCUCUAUGAUGAUCGCUGCGGCGUUUUUGGUGCUGUUAAAGCCGUACAGUAUUCAAUGUGUGCUGCUAUUAUUGUUGCUUUUGCUCGGGACUAUUGCGACAAUUUUGUUUUUUUGCUGCUGGCAUCGCAGGCUUCGUAAUGGAAAGCAUCCUAUGAAAUCUGUGCUCUCUGGACGCUCCAAGAGCCGCGUUGGCCUCCGAACGCAUCAUUUUCGAUCAGAGGGCUUCAGACACAGUCCACGUCACGCAAGAAGGAGCAUACAUGCUCGAGCAGCAGAGGAAAAGCCCAAUCUGGUUGAGGUUCCUGAGAGCGAUCCAGAUUCAUCAUCCACUCUAAGAAAACGCAAAGUGAAGAAGAGAGUUCUGCCCGAAUUUUACCAGUCUGUACAAGUCACCCCUACACGCAAACCUAGCUCCAGUUCGGGGAACCCUUCCCUACACUGCUCCAUGUCUUCCUCGGCGGAUUUCUCGGACGAGGAUGAUUACAGUGUUAAAUCUGGAUCGGCAUCACCGGCACCCGGGGACACUUUACCCUGGAACCUGCCCAGACAUGAGAGAUCUAAGAGGAAAAUCCAGGGUGGAUCCGUGCUGGAUCCAGCGGAGAGAGCCGUGCUCAGGAUCGCAGAUGAAAGAGACAGAGUGCAGAAGAAGACGUUUACAAAAUGGAUAAAUCAGCAUCUGCUGAAGGUACGGAAACAUAUAAAUGACCUGUAUGAAGACUUGCGAGAUGGACAUAACCUGAUCUCGCUGCUGGAGGUCUUGUCUGGAGACACACUGCCAAGGGAACGUGAUUUUCUGAAGACAUUGCGGUUGGUGAGUGGGACAGAAGCAUGUGCAGUUGAGCAGCAUGGAGACACGUUGGAUGAUGAUAAGGGGCCUCGGGAGAGAGGAAGGAUGCGCUUCCACAGACUCCAGAAUGUACAAAUAGCACUGGAUUAUUUAAAGAGGCGGCAGGUCAAACUUGUAAAUAUCAGGAAUGACGACAUCACAGAUGGCAACCCAAAACUGACCCUGGGAUUGAUCUGGACCAUAAUACUGCACUUUCAGAUCUCGGAGAUCCACGUGACAGGGGAGUCCGAGGACAUGACAGCCAAGGAGAGGCUGCUGCUCUGGUCAAAGCAGAUAACAGAGGGCUACGUAGGCGUAAGAUGUGACAACUUCACAACCUCCUGGAGGGAUGGGAGGCUAUUUAACGCCAUCAUUCAUAAAUACAGACCAGACCUGGUUGACAUGAGCCGUGUGUCGACACAGACCAACCGAUCAAAUUUAGAGAACGCGUUUGGUGUAGCUGAACAACUGGGGGUGGCCAGACUGCUGGACCCCGAGGACGUCGACGUUCAGUCUCCUGAUGAAAAAUCAGUCAUCACGUAUGUCUCAACACUGUAUGAUGCCUUCCCCAAAGUACCCGACGGUGUUGAUGGAAUCAGUCCAAAUGAUGUUGAUAUCAAAUGGGUGGAGUACCAGAACAUGAUCAAAUACCUCAGCCAGUGGAUCAAACAUAAUGUGGUCGUAAUGUCAGAUAGAUCAUUCCCCAACAACCCUGUGGAACUCAAGGCACUUUAUACACAAUAUCUACAGUUUAAGGAACAUGAAAUCCCACUGAAAGAAAACGAGAAGACAAAAAUCAAAAAUCUCUACAAAAUGCUUGAGAUGUGGAUCGAAUUUGGACGUAUUCAGUUACCCCCGGGUCAUCACCCGAAUGAUGUGGAGAAGGAAUGGGGUAAAUUAAUUGUCGCCAUGCUCGAAAGAGAGAAGAGUCUGAGGCCUGAGGUGGAAAGGCUUGAGAUGUUGCAGCAGAUUGCCAACAGGGUCCAACGGGACUGUGUCAACGGGGAGGACAAGUUGGCAUUAGCAAGAACUUCCCUACAGUCUGAUGCAAAGCGUCUUGAGUCCGGUAUUCAGUUCCUAAACGAAGCUGAGAUUGCUGGCUACCUUUUGGAGUGUGAGAAUAUCCUCAGACAACAAGUGGUGGAUAUCCAAAUUCUUCUGGAUGGAAAAUUCCCCUUUGCAGAUCAACUGGUACAAAGGGUAUCAAAACUGCGGGAUGACCUUCUAGCCCUGAGAGCCGAGUGUUCUUCAGUGUACAGCAAAGGUCGCACCUUGACAACAGAACAAACCAAAAUGAUGAUCUCAGGCAUCACACAAAGCCUGAACUCUGGCUUCUCCCAGAACAUAAACACUAGCCUCACACCAGCCCUUACCCCUGCACUCACCCCAGGAGGGUUAGGUACCCCUGGGUCCACAUUCACCUCUAGCCUUACACCGUGCCUGACCCCGUCCUUGACCCCUGCCUUGACCCCCGGUCCACAGGCCUACGUGGGUGGCAUAGACCCAGGCAGCCUCAAGCAUUUGAAACACAUGCAGAUCCGCAAGCCCUUACAGAAAUCCUCACUGGCAGACCCCAACAUGACAGAAGAAGAGGUCAACAUGAAAUUUGUUCAGGACCUUUUGAACUGGGUAGAAGAGAUGCAGUUGCAAUUGGACCGUUCAGAGUGGGGAUCUGAUUUGCCAAGUGUGGAAAUGCAUUUAGAGAACCACAAAACUGUACAUAGAGCUAUUGAAGAAUUUCAAAUGAGUCUUAAAGAGGCCAAACUUAGUGAGAUUCAGAUGAACAUACCCCUGAAAAUAAGUUACUCAGAAAAACUGAACAAACUAGAGAAGCAGUAUGAAAGGCUAUUGAGCUGUUCAAGGGAGCGACAAAGCCAUCUGGAAAGCCUGCACGACUUUGUGUCACUGGCAACUCAGGAGCUUAUCUGGCUGAAUGAGAAGGAGGAAGAAGAGGUUGCCUUUGACUGGAGUGAUCGCAACAGCAAUGUAUCUAAGAAAAGAGACUACCAUGCUGAUCUGAUGAGAGAGCUGGAUGAAAAGGAGGAAGUCAUCAAGUCUGUGCAGGACAAGGCAGAACGCCUCCUGCUCAAGAACCACCCAGCCAGGCUAACUAUUGAAGCAUACAAGGCUGCCAUGCAGACGCAGUGGAGCUGGAUUUUACAGCUCUGCUCAUGUGUAGAACAGCAUCUUAAGGAAAAUGCUGUUUAUUUUGAGUUUUUCAGUGAUGCCAAAGAGUCUAUGGACUACCUUAAGAGCCUGCAAGAUACCAUUCAAAGGAAGUACAGCUGUGAUCGAACGAGCAGCCUGCACAGACUGGAGGAUCUCAUCCAAGAGUCCAUGGAUGAGAAAGAGCAGCUUCUUCAGUACCGAAGCACUGUAGCCGGGUUAGUGGGCAGGGCCAAAAAUAUUGUGCAGCUCAAACCCAGAAACCCUGACAGCCCUGUGAGAUCCUCCAUCCCUGUAAAAGCCAUCUGUGAUUAUAGACAGAUUGAGAUAACUAUUUAUAAAGACGAUGAGUGCGUACUGGCCAAUAACUCUCACAGGGCCAAAUGGAAAGUCAUCAACCCAGCAGGGAAUGAAGCCAUGGUGCCCUCUGUCUGUUUCACUGUACCUCCACCCAACAAAGAGGCUGUUGAUAUGGCUACAAGAAUUGAGCAGUUAUACCAGAAUGUCCUGGCACUGUGGCACCACUCCCACAUCAACAUGAAGAGUGUGGUGUCGUGGCAUUAUCUAAUGGCUGACAUACGAGCCAUCCGCAACUGGAAUGUGGCCUCAAUAAAGACCAUGCUACCGGGUGAGCAUCAGCAGGUCUUGAGCAACCUGCAGUCCCACUUUGAUGAAUUCUUGGAAGACAGUGAAGAGUCUGAGGUAUUCACAGUAGCAGACUGUGCCCAGUUAGAGAGAGACGUUGAGGCCUGCAAGGAAUACUACCAGGAACUACUCAGAUCUGCAGAAAGAGAGGAACACGAGGAGUCUGUGUACAAUAAUUACAUCUCAGAAAUACGCAACUUCCGGAUGCAUCUCGAGGCCCAUGAAGAACACCUGAUCAGGCAAAUCCGCACGCCACUGGAGAGAGACGACCUGGAGCAGAGUCUCCAGCGCAUCACAGAGCAUGAGAAGAAGACAGCAGAGCUGAAUAAAUUGAAGGAGGACCUUGAUGUCAUGAAGGAGAAGUGUGAGCUGUUCCUCAGACAGGCCACAGGUUCUCCAUCUGCGCCGACCCUCUCCUCUGAACUCACCGUCCUCGUUCAGAGCAUGAGCCAAGUGUACUCCAUGUCUUCAAUUUAUAUGGACAAACUGAAAACAGUGAGCUUAGUGGUGAAGCACAGCCAGAGUGCAGAGGCACUGGUGAAGGCCUACGAAUCUAAACUCUACGAGGAAGAUGCUAUGAACUCUGACCUCAAGUCCAUUGAAACAGUCAUAUCUACACUCAAGCAAUGGCGGACAGAGAUUGAUGAGAAACAAGAGGUGUUCCAUGACAUGGAGGAUGAGCUGCAGAGAGCACGAGUCAUCAGUGACCGCAUGUUUAAGGCCCACAACGAGCGUGACUUUGACCUAGACUGGCACAAGGAGAAGGCUGAUCAACUGAAUGAGAGGUGGCAUAACAUUCACUCCCAGGUUGAUAGCAGGCUUCGGGACCUGGAUGGUAUCAGCAAAUCUCUGAAACACUACAGAGACUCUUAUAGUAGUCUUGAUGAAUGGGUUACAGAAAUGGAAGCAGCACAGCUAAAAGCCCAAGAAAACAAACCCGAAGACAGCAAGGCACUCGCUGAACUGUUAAACAAGCAGAAGGUCCUUGUUGCUGAAAUUGAACAAAAACAGAGCAGCAUUGAUGAGUGCCAGAAGUACUCAGAGCAGUACUCAUCUGCCAUCAAGGAUUAUGAACUUCAGCUGAUGACCUUCAGAGCGAUGGUUGACUCCCAACACAAAUCUCCUCUCAAGAAACGGAGGAUGCAGAGCUCCUCUGAUGCCAUCCAACAGGAGUUUAUGGAUCUUCGAACUCGCUACACUGCUCUUGUGACUCUCAUGACACAGUAUGUGAAGUUUGCCAGUGAAACACUGAAGAGAACUGAAGAAGAGGAGAGAUCUGUUGAUGAGGAGAAGAGAGAGCAUGGUGAUAAAGUUAGCAAACUAUUGCACUGGGUGUCCAAUGUGAAACAGAACCUGAACAAUGAUGGGAAUGUUCUGAAAGAUAGUAAUGCCAACACAGACGCUUCUAAUAAGCCCCAGGUAUCAGUUGAGGAAAUGGUAACAAAGAAGGAACAAAUUGCAGAAGCACUGAGGGCCACACAAAUGAUGCUGAACAAACACAGUGAAAAAAUGACAGAAGAGGAAAGAGAAAAGGCCCAGGAGCAGAUGAAGGCACUCAAUCAGGCCUACAAUGAACUCUCCCAGCAUUGUUCGGAGCAGACGACCUCUGAAGAAGAGGAUUUCAAAUCCAUUGAUGGCAUUCACGGGAUUCAGACUGGAACCAUGGGUGGCCUGAUUGAUCAGACAGCUGGAGUCAGUCUCCCAGAGGCCCAACUCAUGCUCUCCGACCUCUCUCAGUCUGAGCCACAUAUCUCUAUGGACGAGGAUGAUGCUCUCAAACAAGAUCCAGUUCAUAAAUCCACACUGAGCCACUUGCUGAGGCUGAAUGAAGCAAGCAAGCUCAUACUGAGUUCACCUGUUUCAUCUGUGUCCCUCUCUGACAUAGCAGCAGCAAGGGAAGGGUCCACUCAUGAAGACCUGGUCAUCAAGAUGAUAGAGGUCAAACCAGUCAGUGAUGGAUUGAAUGUGGGCUACACAGGAGAUACACUGACCCUAGAGAGGGCAUUUCAGUGUGGUUUAAUUCCUGCUGCUGUCUAUGUCGAGAUUCUUCAGAGGCAAAAGAACUGUCAGGAUAUUAUAGAUCACAGCACUGCUGAAAAUGUGUCACUCUUAGAGCCUGUGCAGGGGGGAGAAACUUGCGAGGUCAGUAGACUGAUAUUAAAGUGCCUUAGCAGGAAUAAAUCACAAACACCAGGGAGGGAUGUUAAUACUCUGAAGUCUUUCUAUGAUGAUUUAAGUGAUCAGGAGACCUCAUCAAAAGGAGAAAGUCAAAAUGCAGGGGAUGUUAUGAGUAGCAUUGAGAACCUCCAAAGUGGAGAUAGGCUAAAGGUGGAUGCAGGUGUUCAGUGUGAUUUGAUGAGCUCCAGCAGUUCACUUGUUGUGCUUGGAAAUCAGCAGCAGUUUAUGGGACUUGUGUUGCCUGACUCUGGGGAAAUCCAAACUGUGUCCACAUCAUCGCAGUAUGAUCAAGAGAUCAUCACCAACAAGUUUAGCAGCAGUCUGUUCAGUAAUUGUGAAAAAAUAGCAGCUUUUUACAUUCCAGAAAAUUCAGAGGUAGUAGACAUCAAUACUGCCAUUCAAAAUGGUUUGAUUGACACUCACACAGCUGAGGUUUUGAAAUCUGUAGAAAUUUCUGAUGUGUUUCUUGAUGUUGAUCACCUAAGUGAAAAGUUUUCAUCUUGGCUUAUGUAUAAAAAACUCAGAGUUGACGGAUACCACGAUGCUGCAGAUGACUUAGAAGUUAACAUCCCUACUCCCACAGAGGCAACGCAGUUAUUCAUUUCCUACCUAAUGAUGAACAGUUACAUCGAUCCCCAGUCAGAACAGAGGGUCCUAAUACUCGAUAGACAGUUGACUAAAAUGAUUAAAUUUUUUCUUGAAGAUCCAGUAUUUUCUGGAAACACUCAGCAAAAUAUGACUUACCUGAGUUUAAAUGUUGGUGACCUUUCAGCACAGGAUGAUUUAGAGUCACCGUUGCACAUAAGUGAGGAAACAAAAGAGUUUAUGAAAAACAUGCAACACACACUUGAUCCUCAUCAUUUUGUUUCCUCUGUCAAUGAGAGAAUUACUUUUGAUGACAAAACAGAUGUAAAUGACAAGGCUCUAAAGCAAGACCCUGACGAGAUGUUUUCAGAAUAUGUUAAUAUAGCUUGGGAUAACACAGAGCCUGUUGUAGCUGAGCAAGCCGUGUUUCAAAACAACACAAAUUGCACCGAGUCAGGUGAAUUUGAGGAAAGACCUUGUGGAAACGGUUUCCAUUUUGCAGUUGGAGGUGCUUGUAGUGGAGAUCUUGAUUUUCCAGGGAUCCCAGUACUUCCUGCAAUAUUUUCUGUGAACAGGACAAAUGUUGACUCACCAUCAAGGAUGUCCGAGUCUCACUGUUCAGUAAAAUCUAGCAAUCAGCCACAGCCACACUUAAAUGCUGAGUCACUGUGCAGUGCAUCAAGACAUAUUGAUAUUCCCCCAUCUGAGGGUCUCUGUUCAAAGGACUUGUGUGAGGGAGACUAUGCAGUUCAUCUUCUGAAAGCCCAAGUAGAGGAAGGGGACAUUUUGGAUGUGACCUCUGGGAGACAUUACGACCCAGAGGCAGCUCUCAGAGGGGGCCUAUUAGAUGAUAAGACAGGUCUGGAGCUGCUUGCUCUACAGCUAGAUGAAAAAAGUGCCCCUGGAGAUGAGGAUGACACAAUGUCUGUUUUAGAACUGGCAGUGUCAGAUGGAUCCAUAUCCUCAAGUACUCCUCUGUGUGAAAUGCAACAGCAGAGCCAGUUCCAGUCUGCUUGCACCAUCAGUAUGAGUGAAUCAUUUCAGUCUGGAGUACUUAUUGAUGAUGAUAAAAUCCUGAAUUUGGACCCCACAGUCACCAUUUAUCAAGAAGAAAUUUACAGCCACUCCAUCCCUGAUGAUUGCAAUCUUGGUUUUAUUAACAUCGAUGAAGCAGAAAACAGGCAGCAGCAGCCAGAUGAGAGGAAGAUUGCUGUCAUGGUGCUUGAUCUCACAGAUGAGGAGGAUGACAAGAUAUGGAUAGAAAAUGAGAAUGAAGGUGCAGCGGGAGAUUGUAAGACAGAGAUGAGUGAUUAUCUGCGUCAUUCCCCUCCCUCAGUUAGUGGUCAUGAGCCUCUGAUGAUCUCACCCUCCCCAAGGAAUCAGGUUAUAGCAGAGUGUAUUCAUCACACGGACGAAUCAUCUUUACUGACUGAUGACGCACAGGGCGUAAUCAAUAGCCAGCUGACAGAUACAGCCAAAUUAUCCAGUGCUGUGAUAGAAAUUGCUGCUCCAACUAUCCAGUCACGUCCAUCUAGUCUGAGUGACAGAACGUUUGACAGCAGUCCUGAGCUAGAAAGCCAAACUCAAUAUACUACGUCUGCUCAUCACUCUUAUAAAACUGACAGCUCACCCAUUGAUUUUUUCAUCACUGGAUUUGACACCCAAGUGGGAAAUCAAGCAGAGAGUGAGAGUGAAUUAGACAUGUUCUCAUCGCAUCGCGAUGUGUUGCCUGAGGAAACGAGAAUGAAGAAUGACACAAGUGCUGUUCAGUCACCUUUGGACAGUCAGCCAACUCCGAGUAUAGAUUACUCACCGUCCAGAGAUUUAGUUGAAAGUGCAGUUACCUCAGUUUCCGGUCCUAAUGGUAACUAUGACAAAAACAUUACAGAAGAUGGCAGCAGAAUUACAUUACCUCAGCAAGCAGUGCUUCUUUCAGAAAGUGAUUUUAGUGCUGAAUCAGAGCCUAGACACUCUCAAAAUGGUCAGAGUAUGCUUGUUGAUGAGAGACAGACGCAACAGUCGAACCCCUCCUCUCCUUUGCCCGAUGCUUCCUAUGAAGACACUGCAACAAAUACUGUCAAUCAUGAGAGCUAUGAUGUGGAAGAUUUAGAAUAUUAUACUCCAACAGCCAUCAGAGUUUCUCCAGAUCCAGCAAUGACUGAUAAAGAUUUGUCAGGUUCAAAGCACAGUGCAGCAGAUGACGGUGCAUUAAGCACAGAGAGGAUUUCCCCAGAGAGGCAACACGGGGAGAUUUUCAAAGACAGCAGAGAUACUGAGCAGAUCUCUGUGUCAAGUAAUGCACAGACAGUAGAGACAAGUGAUAAACAAAAUGGAGAUAUUGUUGGAAAGGUACCCUGUUCAAAUCCGUCCUCUGCAUCAGAAAUUAACUCAGGGCAGUCUGAAAGUAGAAUGACAGAAGGGCCAGACUUUCAUAUUCAGCCAGACAGAAAUGGAUUGGAUGUGUAUGAGAAUGAAAAUACCCAAGUAGAUACUGAUUUCCUGCCACACAGCGGCAUUGCAUCUGAUGUUGCCUCUUCAGCUCCAUCAGUGUUUUCUAAUGCUGUAGGGACACAUGUAGAUGGUCAGGAGGAAGUGAUGAGAGUGGGGGCUGAUGUCAGAGGUUUAGAAAAGGCAGAAACUCAAGACGCUGAAAGCAGAGUUGUUACUGAAGAUCAGAAUACUUCACGACCCUCAGACAAAGGUGUUUUUCAUGAGAGUGACACUCCUCAUGGACUUAUAGAGAGCAGUCACCCAGAUCUUCUCAUAGAUGUAAUGAGGCAAAACACCCUCAGUUUGAACAACAAAGACAUAGAAACCCCAGAACUGAUACUACAGGAGGAAAAAGUCCAUGAAAAGACAGAGCAGUCUGAUGCUCCAAAUAUCCAGCUGCAACUGCUGCAGGUUCUUAAGACCGUUUCUUCAAGCGAAGACCUUUCAAUGCUUCAGGAAGUGAUGGACACCCUGAACAGUGCUCUGGGGGGCGACUCUCCGGAGGAGCAGCGGCAGCACACCCUUGAAAGCAUCAAAGAGGAGAGUUCAGAGGGAGAGGAUGAGGGGUUAACAGGAGAUGACUUGGGUCACUGUCACUCUCCUGGAGGCAGUCACCGAUCAUCUCCUCAGUUGUCUGCCAACUCAGAUGUCUGCAAAGUUGAGGAGGUCAAAAAUAUGCUGUUCUCCAUCCAGGAUUACUUGGAGUGUGUCGGAAGACUGCAGGAUCACGCUGAUGUUUUAGAUGAUGUCAGAAAAGACCUUUUAACUCAGGCACCCAUGGGCAACACCAUGGAAGAACUGCAGAUCCAAGUAGAGGAAUGUCAGUCACUGGAGUCCCAACUUUCCCGACUGGCUGUUGCUCUGACAGCAGAUUUGGAGAAAGCCAAACAGCUCGUAAACUCUGCUGAUGAGAACAUUCCCAUACAAAUCCACCAAGAUCUGGCUUCAACAUAUCUGGAGUUGGAGCCAAAUUUUACUGCUGUUUCCCAAAUGUGUGCAGAAAGGAAUCACUCCCUGCUUCAAGCAAUGGAAACAGAAAAGGUACAUUUGGAAUCAACAUACCAGAAGCAUCUCAGUGAUCUUGAUGAACUAGCAGGCCUCAUGCAAAAUAACUCUGAAAUGUGGGACGUGGAUGUGAACACAUGUGAUGUUGAGACAUUGAAACAUUUGAUUCAGCGAAACAAGGACAUGGAGAACCAGCUGCUUAAAGAGGCCAGGCUCAAGUUAGAGGAUGUCACAUUUGAUAUCCAGUGUUUCAUUUCUGAGCACGCUCAGUUCCUGAGUCCAGCUCAGAGCAGCUACCUCCUCAAGUACCUCAGUACCACUCAGCGAGCAUUCAGGGACCAGACAGAGAGACUUGUUACCCAGAGAUGCACCUUAGAUGUCCUACUGGACACCAGAGAGAAGGAAAACCAGGAGAAGUCUUUAUUGGAGAGACACAAGGAGUUUACAGAGAAGUUGGAGGAAGUGUGUGAUAAUCUCACUCUGACAGAGAACCGUCUGAUUGGUCAUCAGCAACAGGCUGACAAUGCAGAGUGCGUCACAGACCUGCAGCAGUACCAGCAGGAGCAUCAGGCUCUGCAAAAAGACGUAUUGACAAACGCCAGUGCCUUGAAUGAGGUCAUCACCAGUACUAAAAAGUUUCUGGAAGAAAAUCGGAGCAAGCUGACGCCAGCUCAAGUUGCCAGCAUCGAGAGUAAGUUGGAAGAGGCGAAAAGCAAAGCCAAGCUCAUCAACCAGCGAGCUGAGGAGUCCAGGAAAGACUUGGAGAAGGUUGUGACCACAGCCAUAAAACAGGAGAGUGAAAAGGCAGCAGCUGUUGAGCGGCUUGAAGAAAGCAAAAACAAAAUUGAAGAUCUCCUGGACUGGAUAUCCAACAUAGGGAAUGAAAACGAGACUGGUCUUGAUCAAACUGACCGUAUAAGCAAAGAGAAUGGAAACCUGCCAGAGGAAAAAUCAGCCAAGGGACUGAUAGAGGAUGACGAUGCCAAUGGAAACGCUUUACAGACCACUGAAAGUGAUUUUGGAAGGGAGACCGACGGGAAGAACGACGCCUCCCUAGACCUGGAUAAACAGUAUGACAGAGUCAAGGCUUAUCAUCAGAAGAUUCUCUCCCAGCAGGAGGAUCUGAUCAUGGCCACCCAGUCAGCCCAGGCUCUGCUGGACAAGCAAGCCAAUGUGCUCUCUCCAGAGGAGAAGGAAAAACUGCAGAAGAAUAUCCAAGAACUGAAGGGGCGCUAUGAAGCCUCUCUGACGCAGGCUGAACAGCAGAUGAAGCAGGUUCAGUGUGUCCAGGAGGAGCUGAAGAAGUUCCAGGAUGAUUGUGAGGAGUUUGAGGGCUGGUUAAAACAGGCGGAGGGAGAGAUGGAGGAGCUGGGGGCUCCUGCAACCUCCCUCAAUAUUCUCAGUGAUAAACUCCAGCGACAGAAGAGCUUCUCAGAGGAUGUGAUCUCUCACAAAGGGGACCUUCGCUUCAUCACCAUUUCAGGUCAGAAGGUACUGGAUGUGGCUAAAGCCUGUGGAUUGGCCGACCCUGCGGCUAAAAAUGCCCCUCUGCAUGUGGAUACCUCAGGAACCUGCUCUGCUGUCAAGGAUAAAUUGGACUCAGCAGCCAGUCGAUACAAAACACUGCACUCACAGUGCAAUCAGCUUGGCAACAACCUCAAAGAUGUGGUAGACAAGUACAAGAAGUAUGAAGACUCCAGUGCUAGUCUUUUGAAGUGGCUCAACAGCUCUGAGGAGGAGGCCAGAAAGCAGCAAUCAGAGGCCAUCGCAGCUGACCCACAAACACUGCAGAAACAGCUGGAGGAGACCAAGACUUUACAAGGUCAGAUGACUGGACACCAGACUGCUGUUGACACGCUUUGUAAAACAGCUGAGUCUUUGAUAACAUCUGAAGGAGACCUGUUGAGCAACCCAGAUGAGAUCCAGGAGACAGUAGAUGACAUAGUGGAGCGGUAUGACAACGUGUCCAAGUCUGUAAGUGAUCGAAAUGAGAAACUGCAGAUCACCCUGACACGCUCCAUGAGUGUCCAGGAUGGUUUGGAUGAGAUGAUGGGAUGGAUGGAGGGAGUGGAGGCCAGUGUGAAAGAGAAAGGACAAAUACUCCUAGACUCUGCAUCCAUUGGAGAUAUUCUCAGCAAAGAAGCAGCCUUAGAGCAGGACAUAGCAAGUCGCCAGAGCAGCAUUUCAGCCAUGAAGGCCAAAGUGAAGAAGUUUGUGGAGACAGCAGAUCCCUCUGCUGCAGCACUUCUCCAAUCUAAGAUGGAUGCUCUCUCACAGCGCUUCUCUGAUGCCUGUGACAAGCAUAAGCAAAAAGUAUCCCAACUGGAGCAGCUGAAGGAGAAGGUGGAAGAGUUUGAGAAUGUCGCCGAUAAAGUUCAGCAGUUUGUUGUGAAGCGUUCACAAGAUCUACAUGAGACAGACGGGCCAGGGAAAACAUUCAAUGAACUGUCUCAGCUAAUGGAGAACACUAAAGCUGAGAUGGCUGAACAUGCCAGUGAUUUGGAGAAGCUGCAGACUUUGUCCAAGGAGCUGUCUGAAUUAAGCCCUGAUGGGAAUAAAGCCCAGAUUCAGAGCAAGAUGGACAAUCUUUUGAAUAUUUUUACCACCUUCAAAGACACUGUCAAAGAAAAGGAAGAGGAGGUAUCAGCCUGCCAGGACCAGCUGGGUGAGUUCAGGACUGCAGCCAACGCCCUCACCAAGUGGCUGGAGGAGACCACUGAGAAAGUACCUGUGAUUCAGCCAAGUAGCAGUGAGAAAAGUCUGGAGAAGGACCUGCAGAUAGUCACUGGAUUAUUAGAAGAAUGGACAUCCAAAGGCCCUGCUGUCCAAGACCUGAACAGUAAAGGGUCAUCACUAUGCAGCCUCAUCACUUUCCUCACAUCCCCUGCCAAAACAAAGACCCCUAACAAGUCAGCUCUUACUAAUGGUGGUGGUCCAGCGAGCCAUUCCUACCUAACCAAUAAAGAGCUGAUGGUAAUUCAGCAGAACAUGUCAUUCGUCAAUGAGGGAUACACAAGCCUGGGGGAAACGCUGAAGAAUCGAGCAGCAGAGUUGAGUAGUUCAGUGGAAGAGGUGAAAGGGGCCCAAAAGGAAGUUGAUGACAUGAAGACAUGGCUGAAGGACAUGAAAAAGACAGCAGCGUCCUGGAACAAUGCCACUACAGAGAAAGAUUCUGUGAAAACACAGCUUGAACAGCAGAAGGCCUUUGAAGAUGACAUGAAGCAAAAGCAAGAGCAGCUCCAGAAGCUGAGAGAGAAGCUCCUCAACUUGAUUGAGGCUCAUCCAAACUCCCCAGAGGCAGCAAAAUGGAAGCAGAUGCUGGCAGAAAUAGAUGCUGCUUGGGCAGAUAUCAGUGGCUCUGUCGAGGAGAGGAAGCAGCACCUGGAGCAGUCCAACAAAAACCUGGACAUCUUCCAAACCACUGAGCUGCAGCUUGGCCAGUGGCUCUCAGAGAAAGAGCUGAUGAUGAGUGUCCUUGGACCCCUCUCGAUAGACCCAAACAUGCUUAAAAUGCAGAAGCAACAAGUUCAAAUCCUCCAGAACGAAUUCAAGAGCCGAAAACCUCAAUAUGAGCAACUUGAUGAAGCUGCCUCUGCCAUCCUAAGCUCCUCAGGCAACCAGGACCCCUCAGACGGGAAGCUCGUGAGAGAGCAGCUCACUGCUGUCACUCAGAAGUGGCAAGGCCUUACAGGGCAGCUAGACCAGCGAGACAGCCUCAUUGACCAGGCCAUGGUGAAGACAGGGCAGUUUCAGGAGUUACUGAGGAGUCUCAGCCAGACCGCCACUCAGCUGGAGAAUCAACUCACCAACCAUCAGGCCCAUAGUACCCAGCCCGACGCUGUGAAGAAACAGUUGGAGGAUGUCCAGAACAUCUCAGCUCAGCUGAGAGAGGAGAGGAAGAAGCUGAAGGAGGCUGAGACCAUCAAUGCAGAACUCACAGCAAUGGUGACUGAGGACUAUCUCAAAGCAGACUUAGCCAGACAGCUGGAGAGUGUCAGCAAGCCUUUCAAACAGCUGGAAGAGAAAGCAGCAAAACAGAUCGAGCAGCUGAGCUCCACCUUUGCCAGCUCUCAGCAGUUCCAUCAGACCUCCAAAGACUUCCAGUCAUGGCUGGGUGAGAAGCUCCAGGACCAGUCUAAGCCUCAAUCCAUCUCUGCCAAAGUGGAGACCCUACAACAGGCUGUGGAGGAGCACAGUAAACUCCAGAAAGCUCUUAAUGAACAUGAGGAGGCUUAUAACACAAUCAUUGGGGAAGGGGAGACACUUCUGCAGAACACUGACGGUGCAGAAAAGUUGGCACUACAGGGGCAGCUCAAUACCCUCUCAUCUAACUGGCAGGAGGUGAAGAAGAACUCGGUGGAACAGGCUGACAAACUUCAGACUGCUCUGCAGAGAUCUCAGAAGUAUCAGGAGCACGCAGAGAAGCUCAACACCUGGAUUCAGGAGUGUGAAGCCAGCGAGGGCCGAGUCAAACUCACUGUUGAUCCCGUUGCUGUGGAGAGCUCCAUUUCUCAGGUGAAAGCUCUUCAGAAGGAUGUUGACAAGCACAGAGGGAUGAUGGAACAGCUCAACACAGCUGCAGAUAGCCUUCUGGACGUGGCCAAUACAGACACUGAAGCUAUAAAAGAGGAGAAGGAUAUCAUUGGCAAAAGAGUGGAUAAUGUAGUGGAGGGUCUGCAGAACAAAAGGGAAUCACUGGAGAAGAUCUCACAUACAAUUAAGGAAUUUAAUGAUGCCUACAAAGAGGCAAAGGGUCAGCUAGAGGGAGCGAAAAAGCAAGUGGAUGCUUAUGAAUCACAGGGAGUGCAGGCACACAGCAAUAAGAACUUAACCAACAUGAAAGCCCAACAUAAGAGUUUAGAGGGAGUGCAGAACCAAGUAGAACACUUGAAAAGUUUAGCUAAGGACCUUGUAGUAGAUGUUCCAGAUGCUGAUGGAGUGACAGACCUCUUACUGCAAGCUGACAGCAUAGAAAAAGACUACAGCACCCUCAACAAUAAGCUAGAGAAGACAUGCCAAGUCCUGGAGGGUAAACUGCAGGGUAUCGGGCAGUUUCAAAACAACAUUCGUGAGAUGUUCAGCAGAUUCACAGACCUGGAUGAUGAGUUGGACAGCAUGGCUCCAGUGGAUCUCGACUUGGCUGUUCUUAAGGAGCAGCAGGACAGCAUUGAGAGCUUUGUUACAAAGUUGCAAGAGCUGAUGGCCAACACGGCCAACGCCGGGGACAGCUGUAAGAAGAUGCUAGAGACAGAAUCCUCACCGGACCUGCUAGGCCUGAAGAGAGAUCUGGAUACUCUAAGUAAGCAGUGUGGCAAACUGAUGGACAGAGCUAAAGGCAGGGAGACACAGGUGCAGAGCACUCUCACCAAACUAGAGGAGCUGUACGGUAAACUUCACCAAGUGGAAGAUAAACUUUGCAGAGCUGUGGAAAAGGAGGCGUCCCAAGAGGCGGUCGGCAUGGAGACAGACAUCAUCAAUCAACAGCUGGAGUCCUUUAAGGCUUUCCAGAAAGAGGAGAUUGAUCCAUUGCAGACACAACUUCAAGACAUCAGCUCCCUAGGCCAAGGCCUGAUCCAAAACGCUGCCAAGGGCACCAACACUAAGAAGCUUGAGGAUGACCUGGAGGAUGUCAACACAAAGUGGAAUACCCUCAAUAAAAAGAUCGCUGAGCGUUCAGCCCAGCUGCACGAAGCCCUAUUGCAUUGUGGGAGGUUCCAGGAUGCUCUGGAGUCACUGCUCAGCUGGUUGACCGACACGGAGGAGCUCAUUGCCAAUCAAAAACCUCCCUCUGCAGAGUUCAAAGUGGUCAAGGCACAGAUACAAGAGCAGAAACUCUUACAGAGACUGCUGGAUGACCGUAAGCCGACGGUGGAGCUGAUAAAAAAAGAGGGAGGGAAGGUUGCAGAACUGGCAGAGUCUGUGGAUAAGGAGAAGGUUGCAAAAGAGAUCGAAUGCCUGGGGCAGAGGUGGGACACUCUGCUCAAGAAGGCUGAAAACAGGCACAAGCAACUAGAGAGCAUUUUAGUGGUCACUCAGCAGUUCCACGAGACCCUGGAGCCCCUGAGCGAGUGGCUCGCUGCCACAGAGAAACACCUUUCCAACUCCGAACCAAUUGGCACGGAGACGUCUAAGCUGGAAGAUCAGAUCUCUCAACAUAAGGCCUUAGAGGAGGAGAUUAUGAAUCACAGUAAAGACCUGUUUCAGGUUGUCAGUCUGGGUCAAAUGCUCAAAACUGUGAGCUCAGUGGACAAUAAGGACUUUGUCCAGUCUAAGCUGGACGCCACCCAGGCCAGUUACAUAGAGCUCCAGGAGCGCUGCAGGAGGAAAGCUGAGAUGCUGCAGCAAGCUCUGGUGAACGCCCAGCUGUUUGGAGAGGAUGAAGUGGCCCUCAUGAACUGGCUCAACGAGGCACACACACGGCUGAAUGAAGUGUCCGUGGAGGACUACAAAAUAGACAUUCUUGAAAAUCAGCUGGCAGAACAACGGGCGCUACAAAGUGAUAUUGAGUUGAGGAAGAAGAAUGUUGACCAAGCCAUCUCUAAUGGGAUGGAGCUACUGAAGCAAACAACAGGUGACGAGGUGGUUGUUAUCCAAGGCAAACUAGAUGGAAUAAAAACAAAGUACGCCGAGAUCAAUUCUAUGAGUAACAACGUUUUGAACACACUGGAGCGGGUUUUGAGUCUCUCUACGAAGCUGCAGAAUACCCACGAGGAGCUGAGAUCCUGGCUAGAGAAAGCAGAUGCUGAGAUUUCUGCUUUUGCUGAUCAGGAGCCAGUCGGCGAGCAGCUCAUUCAGGCACAAAACAGGCAGAAGGCCUUGUUGAAAGAGACCAAAGACCAAAAACCUGUGAUAGACAAGCUGAAUGAGUUGAGCAGUUCUCUCUUGGAUCUCAUCCCCUGGCACACUCGAGAGGGUCUGGACAAGCUGGUGACAGAAGAUAAUGAGCAGUACAGAGCCGUCUGUGACUCCAUCACCCAGCAGGUUGACCAGAUCAACGCCGACAUACUCAAGUCACAGCAGUUUGAACAGGCUGCAGAUACCGAACUGGCUUGGCUGACUGAUGCUGAGAAGAAGUUGCUGUCAGUGGGUGAGAUCAGGCUGGAGCAAGACCAAACCACAGCCCAACUCCAAGCACAGAAGAUCUUCUCUAUGGAUAUCAUGAGGCACAAAGAUGCUGUGGAUGAAAUCGUGAAAACAGGAAAGGCCAUCAUGAACAUCAAAAACCCAGAGGAAAAAGAAGUCGUGAAGGCCAAGACCCAGACUCUCUUGGAGAAAUAUGGUGUCGUCAGUCAGCUGAACUCAGAGCGCUGUCUGCAGCUGGAGCGCGCCCAGUCUCUGGCAAGCCAGUUCUGGGAGACCUAUGAAGAGUUGUCGCCAUGGCUUCAAGAAACCUUAAGCACCUUCAGUCAGCUGCCCCCACCUGCCAUCGAGUACGAGACACUCAGACAGCAGCAGGAGGAGCUCCGGCAAAUGCGAGAACUGAUUGCCGAGCACAAGCCGCACAUUGACAAGAUGAAUAAGACUGGGCCUCAGUUACUGGAACUGAGCCCAGUGGAGGGAGAGCCCAUCAGAGAGAAGUACACGGUUACUGACCAGCUUUACACCCAACUGAAGGCCGACGUCAAGCAGAGAGCUGCGACACUGGACGAAGCCAUCUCCAAAUCCACUCAGUUCCAUGAUAAAAUUCACCCGAUGCUGGAAUCCCUGGAGCGUAUCGCUGAGCGCCUGCGUCAGCCUCCCUCCAUCUCAGUGGAGGUGGACAAAAUCAAGGAGCAGAUCACUGAAAAUAAGGCCGUGUCUGUGGACUUGGAGAAACUGCAGCCUUCUUAUGAGAUGCUGAGGCAGCGAGGUGAAGAGAUGAUCGCACGAUCUGAAGGUGCAGACAAGGACAUAUCCGCCAAAGCCGUACAAGACAAACUGGACCAGAUGGUCUUCCUCUGGAACGACAUCCAGGCCUUGCUGGAGGAGCGGGAGGCGAAGCUUCUGGAUGUGAUGGACCUGGCCGACAAGUUCUGGUGUGACCACUGCGCUCUUAUCGCCACCAUCAAAGACAGCCAGGAUCUGCUGAGGGAGCUGGAGGAACCUGGAGUCGAUCCUUCAGUGGUCAAACAGCAGCAAGAGUUUGUGGAGGGUUUUAAGGAGGAGAUCGACGGGCUUCAGGAGGAGCUUGACGCAGUUCGAAACCAGGGAGAAGAGCUUAUGACUGCCUGUGGAGAACCUGAUAAACCUGUGAUAAAGAAAAGCAUUGAUGAGGUGAACUCAGCGUGGGAAAAUCUUAACAAGACAUGGAAGGAGAGGGUAGAGAGACUGGAAGAAGCCAUGCAGGCUGCUGUGCAGUUCCAGGAUGGCCUGCAGGGUAUGUUUGACUGGGUGGAUAUUCUGGACGGCAAACUGGAUUCAAUGUCACCUGUGGGUACAGACCUGGAAACUGUCAAGCAGCAGAUUGUAGAACUCAAGGAGUUCAAAGGAGAGGCGUACCAGCUGCAGAUCGAGAUGGAGCGUCUGAACCACCAGGCGGGCCUCCUGCUGAAGAAGGUGACAGAGGAGGCCGAUCGCUGCGCCAUCCAGGAGCCCAUGUCUGAACUCAAAAUGCUUUGGGACAACCUGGAUGAAAAGAUUAUCAGCCGACAGCACAAACUGGAGGGAGGCCUUCUGGCUCUGGGCCAGUUCCAGCACGCACUGGAUGAACUGCUGGCCUGGAUGAGCCACACCGAGGAGCUGCUCAAUGAGCAGAGGAAGACCGGAGGAGACCCCAAAGCCAUCGAGAUAGAGCUCGCCAAGCACCAUGUUCUCCAAAUUGAUGUGCUGGCUCAUAAAUCGACAGUUGAGACCGUGAACAAAGCAGGUAAUGAUCUGGUGGAAUCCAGCGCUGGAGAGGAAGCCUCUGCUCUGCAGAGCAAGCUGGAGAACCUGAACCAGCGAUGGAAAGCCAUCCAGGAGAAGGCAGCGCAGAGGAAGCAGCAGCUGGAAAGUGCUCUGAUUCAGGCUCAAGGUUUCCAUGGUGAGAUAGAAGAUAUGCAGCAAUGGCUGAAAGACACAGAACGUCAGCUGUUGGCAUCAAAGGCUGUGGGAGGCUUACCAGACACGGCCCGGGAGCAGCUUAACGCCCAUCUGGAGUUGUGUUCUGCCUUCGAGGGGAAGGAGGAGCUGUAUAAGGAGCUGAUGAACAAGGGUCAGCAGCUCCUCAUCUUGACGCCUGAGGGUCCUGACAGCAACACAGAGCAGGACCUCGCCAACCUGAAGGAGAAAUGGGAAGGGGUGCAGGCAAAGGUGGCUGAAAGAAAGGGGAAACUAGAAGAAGCCUUGACACUGGCCACAGAUUUCCACAACUCUCUGCAGGACUUCAUUAACUGGUUAACCCAAGCGGAGCAGACGCUCAACAUGGUUUCCCCUGCUUCCCUCAUACUGGAGACCAUCAUGUUCCAGAUUGAUGAGCAUAAGAUGUUUGUGACGGAGGUGAACUCCCACAGGGAUCACAUCAUUGAACUGGACAAGACUGGCACACAUUUGAAGUACUUCAGCCAGAAACAGGAUGUAGUGCUGAUCAAGAACCUGCUGCUCAGCGUGCAAGGCCGCUGGGAGAAGCUGGUGCAGCGGUCCGUUGAGCGAGGUCGUCUGCUGGAUGACGCCAGGAAGAGGGCGAAACAGUUCCAUGAAACUUGGAAUAAACUGAUGGAAUGGUUGGAAGAGUCUGAGAAGAGUCUGGACUCCGAGGUGGAAAUUGCCAACGAUCCAGACAAAAUCAAGACACAGCUGUCGCAGCACAAGGAGUUCCAGAAAGCUCUGGGGAGCAAACACUCAGUGUAUGACACCACCGUUCGAACAGGACGCGCCCUAAAAGACAAGACCUCUCUUCAGGAUGAUAAGCAGAAGCUGGACGAUAUGCUGAGCGAACUGAGGGACAAAUGGGACACUGUCUGUGGAAAGUCAAUAGAAAGACAAAACAAGCUUGAGGAGGCCCUCUUGUUCUCCGGCCAGUUUACAGACGCUCUCCAGGCUCUCAUCGACUGGCUGUACAGAGUGGAACCUCAGCUGGCUGAGGACCAGCCAGUUCAUGGAGACAUAGAUCUGGUUCUCAACCUGAUAGACAACCACAAGGUUUUCCAGAAGGAGUUGGGAAAGAGGACGGUCAGUGUUCAGGCCCUUAAACGCUCAGCCAAGGAGUUGAUUGAGAGCAGUCAUGAUGACUCCUCCUGGGUCAAAGUCCAGAUGCAGGAGCUGAGCACUCGAUGGGAGACGGUGUGCAACCUUUCAGUGUCCAAGCAGGCCCGUCUGGAGCAGGCCCUGUGUCAGGCUGAGGAGUUUCACUCUACAGUUCACAUCCUGCUGGAGUGGCUGGCUGAGGCAGAGCAGAGUUUGCGUUUCCAUGGCAGCCUGCCUGAUGAUGAGGAGGCACUGCGUGCACUUAUCGACCAACACAAGGAGUUCAUGAAGAAACUGGAGGAAAAGCGAGUGGCUUUAAAUAAAGCAACCAGUAUGGGGGAGGCUAUUCUGACUAUCUGCCAUCCAGACUCUAUCACAACCAUCAAACACUGGAACACCAUCAUUAAAGCCCGGUUUGAAGAGGUGCAAGCUUGGGCCAGACAGCACCAGCAGCGACUGGCUGCGGCCCUCAGUGAGCUGUUAGCCACUCAGGAACUGCUGGAGAAUCUGCUGACCUGGCUGCAGUGGGCCGAGUCCAACCUCAAUGAAAAGGACAAGGAGUCACUGCCGCAGGAGAUCGAGGAGGUCAAAAGCCUCAUAGCUGAACACCAGGCAUUCAUGGAGGAAAUGACCAGGAAGCAACCAGAUGUUGACAAAAUCACAAAGACACACAAAAGGAAGGCUGCAGUGGAACCCCAAAUCCAGUCUCAGAUCCCCGUGCUCGACAAAGGAAGAGCUGGAAGAAAACGUUCUCCCACACAAACGAUGUACGCAUCAGCAACACAAGCUCCCAUUGAAACCAAGAACCCCCGGGUUAACCUGCUGGUCACAAAGUGGCAGCACGUGUGGCUACUGGCUCUGGACAGGAGGAGGAAACUCAAUGAUGCUUUGGACAGGCUGGAGGAGCUGAAGGAAUUUGCCAACUUUGACUUUGAUGUGUGGCGGAAGCGCUACAUGCGCUGGAUGAACCAUAAAAAGUCUCGUGUCAUGGACUUCUUCCGCCGCAUCGACAAAGAUCAGGAUGGCAAGGUGACCCGACAGGAGUUCAUAGAGGGCAUUCUCUCCUCCAAAUUCCCUACCAGUCGUCUGGAGAUGAGCGCUGUGGCAGACAUAUUUGACAGAGACGGUGAUGGCUACAUCGACUACUAUGAGUUUGUUGCUGCUCUUCAUCCCAACAAGGAUGCUUACAAACCACUAACAGAUGCAGACAAAAUUGAAGAUGAGGUGACACGUCAAGUGGCGAAAUGCAAAUGUCCAAAACGAUUCCAAGUGGAGCAAAUCGGUGCCAACAAAUACCGGUUCUACCUUGGAAACCAGUUUGGAGACUCUCAACAGCUUCGCCUCGUCCGCAUUUUACGCAGCACUGUGAUGGUGCGGGUGGGAGGAGGCUGGAUGGCUCUGGAUGAGUUUCUGGUGAAGAACGACCCCUGUCGAGCGAAAGGCAGGACCAACAUGGAGCUGCGAGAGAAGUUCAUCCUCCCAGAGGGCACCACUCAGGUGAUGGCCAGUUUCCGCUACAGAGGCCGCAGAUCUCGGCCGUCGUCUAGAGGAGCGUCUCCCAACAGAUCCACCUCCAGUCAGAGCUGUGCCAUCCCAACAGGCCCAGCAGUGACCGGCACACCCAAGACUUGCCAACACAUAACCCGCAAUUAUGAUAAGCCAUGGCUUACAAACAGCAAACCCUCCACUCCUCUUAAAUCAUCCGACUCCUUUGGGAGCCAAGGGUCAUCUUCAGAGAGUACACCAGUUCAAGGCAGCAAAUUGCGUCUUCCUGGAUACUUGUCAGGCAAAGGCUUCCAGUCUGGUGAGGAGGGAACAUUGAUCAGUGCUGCUGUGCUCAAGGCCCGAGCACAGACACUAGGUGAAUCGAGGAGAAGCUCAAGCCGACCUGGAAGUAAAGCUGGCAGCCGAGGGAGCAGCCGCAGGGGAAGCGACGCCUCUGACUUCGACAUCUCAGACAUCCAGUCUGUGUGCUCAGACAUGUCCGAGACGGUUGGUGACUCUGCCCGAGCGACGCCGCGCUCUGCGUCCCGCCAACACAGAGGAAAACCCUCCAAGAUCCCCACUCCUCAGAGAAGAACCACUCCCACAAGCAAACUGGCCAAGGGAUCCAAGCGAUAGUCAGUGGCCUUGAAAACAACAACAAAAAAAACAACCCAGAAGCUAGUUGCACCCCGAACACGUAAUGGACACUGAAGAUAUCUAACUUAAAGACUGCUAAUGUGUUGAGUGUUAUUUAAAUUGUUGCAAGAUGUAAAAUAUUCUGUUGAGAGGCAAUAUGGUUUAAUAUUAUGUGAGAAUGGAAUGUUAAUGGCCUUGUGUAUUUGUUUUUAAUGUAUUUUAUUUUUUGUGAAAAAUGUCAAAUUGUUUUUAUUGUAUUUUAUUUUAUUGAGGCAAAACCUUUAGAGGUUUGAUGAACACUAGAAAAACCUGGGAAUGACAACGUUGUAUGGUGAACUAACAUUUCUACACACUAAUGAAGGACAACACGCAGGAUUGCGCUCUGAGAGUUACUGAAUGUACUGUAAUUUAUGUAUGCUGAUGUUUGGAGUAGAUGGUGCAUUAUGGCACCAUUUGAGGCACUGCAAUUAUCUAUUUAAGUGCUAUGAUAUACUGUCAACAUGCAUUUAAAGGGCAAUGCAAUAUAACUACAAUAAACCCCAGUGAGCACUGCAGAAACCUUUGAAAACACUAUUUAAGACAAGUAGCAGAAAUCUCGUGAUAAUGAAGCUUUCAAGUCCUGUUUGUAUGUCAGCAGCUGCAGUCCUUGUUUUUUUUGACCACCUCACAGCGGUGUGUGCAUUGGCCUUGAAGAGGUGCCACCUCAUGUAGACAUUCUCUUGUGCAUCCAUGUCAAUGUAUGGUUAAUUUCGGUAGAGCUGAAAUUGUUACUGUAACAUUACUUUGUAAUAAACCUGCUUGCAGAAAGCCA